UCACUCUUUGUUCAACGAAACUGACGGAACUUUCAAAAUUUUAAGGGAAAAAAAAAAAUUUUACGUUGAAAUCAAAAACCCUAAUUUCCCAAAUUGAUUUCAGCUAUUCUGAUUCCCUUUGAUCCCUUGCAAAUGUCAAUGGCCGGCAGCAACGGCGUAUCAAUCUCGGUCUCCGACGAGGAAGAGUGCGACGAGCUGGGCCGAACGCGAGCCCGAGUCAGGCGGAAGCGCAAGAAGCCGAGUUACCGAGCGAAGAGCGAGUUGGCUCAGCGAGUCAUUCGGUGGCUGGUGAAGUACUGGUUGUUCCUGGUCUUUGUCCCGGCUACUGUGUUGCUUCUAUACGAGGCCUCGAGGGUUGGGAGGAAAACGAGUCCGGAAAUCGACUCGAAGCACAGUUCAGAGAGGGCACGCGUGGAGAAGAGACCCAUGAUGAAUUUGAAUCGACUUGAACCUAAGUAUCGGUUCGUUCAUGGCGUUAGAGAGCGUUGUUUAAAGCUCCUGCCUCAAGAAGAUCUUGAGCAUCUGGAUAUUCCUGUGGAUGAAGGUUCCACUGGUCCUGUGAAUAAAGUGUUAUACAUAUCAGAGAGAGAUUCAUUGGAUUUAGAAGGAAGCACUGUCCUGUCUUCGCAGUUCACAGAAACUACAAGAUUUAAUUUAUUUACUGGAAAUCAAACUCUUGAUCAAAGAGAGAAAAGUUUCAAGGUGAAUGAAACUGCUAUGGUACAUUGUGGUUUUUACAGUGACAAUGGAGGGUUUAAAAUUUCUAAUGAAGACAAAAAUUACAUGGAACGUUGUGAAGUAGUUGUCUCUACCUGUGCAUUUGGUGGUGGAGAUGAUCUUUAUCAACCUAUUGGAAUGACAGGGGCAUCAGUUAGAAAGGUUUGCUUUGUUGCUUUCUGGGAUGAUAUCACUCUGAGUGCUCAGGAAUAUGCGAAGCAGACAAUUGGUGAGGAUGGAUUUAUUGGGAAAUGGCGUAUUGUGGUUGUUAAGGAACUUCCUUUCACAGAUCAAAGAUUGAAUGGUAAAAUCCCAAAGAUGUUAAGUCAUCGUCUUUUUCCUCAUGCAAAGUACUCCAUUUGGGUAGACUCAAAGUCCCAAUUUAGGAGGGACCCUUUAGGUGUGCUGGAAGCCCUUCUUUGGCGUUCAAAUUCGAUACUUGCAAUUUCAGAACAUGGAGCUCGCAGCAGUGUCUAUGAUGAGGCUAAGGCUGUUGUCAAUAAAAAUAAAGCCACUCCAGAAGAAGUUGAGGUGCAGUUGACUCAGUACCGCCUUGAUGGCUUCCCAGAGGACAAGAGAUUUAAUGGAAAGAAAGCUCUAGCUGAAGCUUCUGUCAUCGUGAGGGAGCAUACGCCAUUGUCAAAUUUGUUUAUGUGCCUAUGGUUUAAUGAGGUUGUCCGUUUCACUUCUCGGGAUCAGCUAAGCUUCCCAUAUGUUUUAUGGCGGCUGAAAGUCCCCCAGAACAUCCAUUUGUUUCCUGUCUGCAUCCGCAAAGAUCUUGUCAAUAGCAUGGGCCACAUACGCAAGGCUAGGCCUUUGAUAAGAUGAUUUUGUGCUAUACAAAUUAGUUCCUCUUCUUCAUUCUUAAGAGCAUUCGGGCCUGUUGGCAAUCAACUGUAUCUAUUCUUUUUAUUCAUUAUAAGCAUUGGUGGCAUUCAUUUGCAACUGCUGUUUAUAUUUCCCCCCUGUUUUGAGGGGGUAAUUUUUUUUCUUUUCCUGUUUAUUAUUUCUGGGUCCAGACAUGUUAAUGGCUAGAUUUUAUUCAGCCAUUAGAAAAAAAAAAGGAUCCAGCUUAAUUAUCUCUUAUGGAGGACCUACUGUUGCCUGGUCCUGCACCAAGGGAUUUUGCCAACAGGUGUAAACAAAUGGUCCCUGAAAAAGUGAAAAUUUAGCUUUCUACGUUUGCAUUAAGGUGUAAUCCACUUUAUCAUCA